AGUCCAGUCAAGGUUGUCAAUGUCGCCGGCGACAGAACACAAAGCCCCACGUCAAAAGUAUGACUUGUUGAUUAAUACUUACAUGAACAGUGGCUCUCGGUUUACUGGUCAACUAUUUGGAUUUAGGAAGGGCACGUUUUAUAUUUACGAACCCCUGUGGAAAUACAGUGUCUGGGACUACUACCAUGCUGAUAAUCUCGUCUGCAGCUCUACACAGGGGUCUGUUAAUUGCAGUAAAGGCAUCAUGGCAAAUGUGAACAAAAUGAAAAACACAGGAAGAGCAACAACUCCUCUCGUCAAAAAUGUCACAAAAGGUUCUACAAUAGUUGGAAUGAUGCUGGACGUUUUGGAGGAUAUGUACAAAUGUGACUUUUCACGGCUGGAGAACAUGUUUGUUCCAAAUGUUCAAGAUCUCCCGGAACUUGCAGGGCCAGACUGGAAUGAAUAUCGAACUUGUACGAAAACCAGACGACAAACAAAAAUGUCUUGUCUCAAAAAGCAGGAGCAGAAGUGUAAAAAUGCAACUCACAGAGUGACAAAAGUGCUCCGUCUGACAACAGGCACGUAUGAUAAACUCCUAGAGAAACGGAAAAAUUUGAAAAUUCUACACUUGUUUCGGAACCCCUUUGCUAUUAUCAAUAGUCGUACAGAAUCUAAAGGAUAUCCGGUCCGAGACUACAAUUCGAAUGCGGCGGUGUUGUGUAAGAAAAUGAUGCUAGACUAUGAGGGUGGGGUAAGACUGGCUAAAAAAUAUCCGGGUCGAGUAAAGAUGAUUUUUUACGAAGAAAUUAAAUCAAAUGUUACACAAAAGAUGAAUAAAUUGUAUGAAUAUAUAGGAAUGGAGCCGGAUAGCCACGAAGUGAAACAAUUAAACAAAGUGAAGACGAAUAAAGCGAAAAGUAACACGCCCGCAAUGUCACGUACCCGGGUUUUAGAUAACGCCCAUUGGUGGAGAAGUCACAUGUCGUUUCUCAGGUACCAAGGUGUUAGAGAUAAGUGUAAACAACUAAUGCCAAUAUUUAAUCUGACAAACUUCAAAGACAGACAAGAGUUGAACAAACUUAAUAUACCAGAUAUGAAUCUUCCCAGUGAAUUUAGGAUAUAAUAAUUCUACAAUUAUAUAUAUAAUUGCACAUGUUCAUAAUAUAUAAUUUUGUUACAUUUGUUAUAUUUUUAUAAGAU